UGGGGCCCCGUGGAGAUAGCAGCAGCCGCCUGCCGACCUAGAACACCCCACACAGUGCCAGCUUUUGUUCCCUGCAGUUUGGAGACCCUGACACACCCACUUUCCCACUGGAAUCUGUAUAACCCCUGGCUGCCCAGCAAGAUGAAGCCUAAACUUAUGUAUCAGGAGCUGAAGGUGCCUGCUGAGGAGCCCUCCAACGAACUACCCAUGAACGAGAUCGAGGCAUGGAAAGCUGCAGAAAAGAAGGCCCGUUGGGUCCUGCUGGUCCUCAUCCUGGCGGUCGUGGGCUUCGGUGCCCUGAUGACUCAGCUGUUUCUAUGGGAAUACGGCGACUUGCAUCUCUUUGGGCCCAACCAGCGCCCAGCCCCCUGCUAUGACCCUUGCGAAGCAGUGCUGGUGGAGAGCAUUCCCGAGGGCCUGGACUUCCCCAAUGCCUCCACGGUCAACCCCUCCACCAGCCAGGCCUGGCUGGGCCUGCUCGCCGGUGCCCACAGCAGCCUGGACAUUGCCUCUUUCUACUGGACCCUCACCAACAACGACACCCACACUCAGGAGCCCUCUGCUCAGCAGGGCGAGGAGGUCCUCCGGCAGCUACAGACCCUGGCACCCCGAGGUGUGAAGGUCCGCAUUGCCGUGAGCAAGCCAAGUGGGCCCCAGCCCCAGGCAGAUCUGCAGGCCCUGCUGCAAAGCGGUGCCCAGGUCCGCAUGGUGGACAUGCAGAAGCUGACCCAUGGCAUCCUGCACACCAAGUUCUGGGUGGUAGACCAGACCCACUUCUACCUCGGCAGUGCCAACAUGGACUGGCGUUCCCUGACCCAGGUCAAGGAGCUGGGCGUGGUCAUGUACAACUGCAGUUGCCUAGCUCGAGACCUGACCAAGAUCUUCGAGGCCUACUGGUACCUGGGCCAGGCGGGCAGCUCCAUCCCGUCAACCUGGCCCCGGCCUUAUGACACCCGCUACAAUCAAGAGACACCAAUGGAAAUCUGCCUCAACGGAACCCCUGCUCUGGCCUACCUGGCAAGUGCACCCCCACCACUGUGUCCAAGUGGCCGCACCCCAGACUUGAAAGCCCUGCUCAACACGGUGGACAAUGCCCGGAGUUUCAUCUACAUCGCGGUCAUGAACUACCUGCCCACCAUGGAGUUCUCCCACCCGCACAGGUUCUGGCCUGCCAUUGACGACGGGCUGCGGCGGGCUGCCUAUGAGCGGGGCGUCAAGGUGCGCCUGCUGGUCAGCUGCUGGGGGCACUCUGAGCCAUCCAUGCGGGCCUUCCUGCUCUCCCUGGCUGCCCUGCGUGACAACCACACCCACUUUGACAUCCAGGUGAAACUCUUUGUGGUCCCUGCGGACGAGGCCCAGGCCCGAGUCCCUUACACCCGCGUCAACCACAACAAGUACAUGGUGACUGAGCGUGCCACCUACAUCGGAACCUCCAACUGGUGCGGAAGUUACUUCACCGAGACAGCGGGCACCUCGCUGCUGCUGGCGCAGGGCGGGCGGGGCGGCCUGCGGAGCCAGCUGGAGGCCGUGUUCCUGAGGGACUGGGACUCCGCUUACAGCCACGACCUGGACACCUCAGCUGACAGCGUGGGCAACGCCUGUCGCCUGCUCUGAGGCCCGGCCCAGCGGACAGGCCAGGCCUGCGAGGCCCCCGCGGGCGCGGGUGUUCCGGGUCUCAAUCCCAGUCCCCGUGCCCCCGCUUCUGUCUGCCCCACGGUGGCUCCCGCAGGCUCGCCCGCUGCUCUCCCGCUUCUGCCUCCGCCCCCGCCAGCCUGAUGCUGUGGCCGCAGAGGACCCAGCCAAGCUGGGGGAGGGAUCGGCCCCCGAAGAAGUUGGGGUGCAUGCUGGGCCCCUGGUCCACCCCACUUCCCAGGGCAAAGAGGGCCUGAGGUCACAAGAAGUAAAUAACUUGUGUGUA